AUGAAGCAUGGAAUCUGUUUGAACAUGCUAAUGAAAAUUAUUCCAUGGUUACCGAAGUUUUUUGGCCUGGAUUCAUGCAAGGAAGCUCAACGCGAGAAGCGAGACUGUAAAUGUAUCUGGCAAGAAACUAUUCAUAAACCGCAUCAUCGUGGCAAAUUGACUAGGAUUCAGGAAGCUAAGUUUGACAGACAGGAAAUAACCGAUACGGAAAAGGUUCGUGGACGACGUCAUGAUUACGGAAGCAACGAUGAUAAAAAAGAUGAGGUUGGAUUUAAGAGUACCACUAACUUCUUUCUAUCACUGAUGAGGAAGGGUCAGUGCAAACAGCUUCUAAAACCCUCACCACAAAAAGAAGUUGGUGAACGCUUUUUUCGAGUAAAACAUCCCCAAGCCGUUAUUUCUCUUAUGCUUAUUGCCGCAUGUUUUUUUGGUCAUCUGUCGCUUGGUGUUUCAGGAGGAAAUGCCAGAAGCAAAGGAUUAUUCGAAGGAUUUUAUGCGAUCGAGAAGAUAUACGUGUGUGAUCGCGACCAAAUGUCCGAAUCAGGAAAUGAAGAACUAAAUAAGCUAUCGAAACUGAGACACAAAGCUUACAGCGGCUACGUUACAGCUUUCCAACUUUGUUAUGGCCCUGUAAGCUGA